CCUCGGUUUGGGUCGUUCCUGGGACUGCGGCUGAGCGGCUGGUGGCGGGGACAGCGCGGCAGACAGAAGCAAAAUCCGGUGUGUUUUCCUAGAGCUUGCUUCCUCCUUCUCCGCCUAGCCUCGCCCCAGACCUUCCUCCACUUUUUAGUCAUGGGAAACCACUUGACCGAGAUGGCACCUACUGCAUCCUUCCUGCCACACUUCCAAGCCCUGCACGUCGUGGUCAUCGGACUAGACGCGGCUGGGAAAACCUCCCUCCUCUAUCGCCUCAAGUUCAAGGAAUUCGUCCAGAGCGUCCCCACCAAGGGCUUCAACACCGAGAAGAUCCGGGUGGCCCUGGGCGGAUCGCGUGCCAUCACCUUCCAAGUGUGGGACGUCGGGGGACAGGAGAAGCUGCGGCCCCUGUGGCGCUCCUACACCCGCCGGACCGACGGGCUGGUGUUCGUGGUGGACGCUGCCGAGGCGGAGCGCCUGGAGGAAGCCAAGGUGGAGCUGCACCGAAUCAGCAGGGCCUCGGACAAUCAGGGGGUGCCCGUGCUGGUGCUGGCCAACAAGCAGGACCAGCCUGGGGCGCUGAGUGCCGCCGAGGUGGAGAAGAGGCUGGCAGUGAGGGAGUUAUCUGCAGCUACGCUUACUCAUGUGCAGGGCUGCAGCGCCGUGGACGGGCAGGGCUUGCAGCCAGGCCUGGAGCGCCUGUACGAGAUGAUCCUCAAGAGGAAGAAGGCGGCAAGGGCUGGCAAGAAGAGACGGUGACAGCUGCCCCUUCCAACAGUUUUGGGGUCUGCACACUUGGAUAGAACCUGGCAGAGCCUGUGACACCCCCCCUCACUCAGCCCUCCCGGGUCAGGACAUGCCCACCUUGGUGAAGGAGCAAGGGGCAUCACUGGGAGUCCCGGUUUCUGUGCCAUCUUGGGGGAAACAAGGUUGGGAUGUCUUCCUCCAUAUGGCUCCUUCAUCCUCACCUCUGGAGGAGGUGGGGUGUGAGGGGGGGAGCUGCAGGACUCUGGAAAGUUCAGUGUAAACUGUGACUCUACCUCGACCCUCUUUUUUAUUUUUUGGGCUUCUCCAGCUUUUGGAUGGACUGUUCUGGGGCAAAGGGAAUUUGCUUGGAGAAGGUGCAUUUGAGAUGAGCAAAGACUCUCCUCCCUGCCCCCCCCUUCCCUGCCUUCUCCUGAGGAGUCCUUCUCCCCUGACCCCCCAGGCUGCUUUUCUAGAGAGGCCAGUUACAAGUCUUUAUGUCUGUAUGAACAUGCCACGGACCCUUCCCCUAUGUUUUACAACCCCAACCCUUUUAUACAUAUGUUUUCUCUAUCAUUAUUCUUAACUAUUUUUUAGCAUUUGCCUGUAAGUUAUUAAAGACUGAUGACACAAUA